AUGUACUGCCAACGCCUCGCCGUCCCAUUGGCUCGAUCCAUCAUUGCUCAACGAGCCCCACUUGCACUCCGAGCUGAGGGAGCCCUUGCUGCUCGCUGCCUCCACACCUCGGUGGCCCGCAAGGACAUUGACAGCGCUGCCAAGUACAUCGGAGCCGGAGCCGCCACUGUUGGAGUCGCUGGAUCAGGAGCUGGUAUCGGAAACGUUUUCGGAGCCCUCGUCAUCGGAUAUGCCCGCAACCCAUCCCUCAAGCAGCAACUCUUCUCGUACGCCAUUCUUGGUUUCGCUCUCUCCGAAGCUAUGGGUCUCUUCUGUCUCACGAUGGCCUUCAUGAUCCUCUUCGCUUUG